GGGCAGUCACAGGGCGAGCGGCGAGGAAGCCACAGCCGUUUGGAGCGAGACAUCUCGCGCGCCGCUAACCGUCACCUGUGGCUGCGCGCGGCCUCUCGGCGUGGGCGCGAGACCCCUGGCGCGAAGGUUUCGGGGUGAUGUGUCCCCCUCAGACAGCCGGUCCUGCUGUCGCCUCCGCGGGGUCCUAGCGCCAACGGACGAUCGCCAAGCAGAGGGAGCGACCCGGCAGCAGCAGCUUCACCUCUCAGUGUCACACCCGCUGCCGCGGCGCGGCCGGGGUUCGCACCGCUUUGGGGCUGCACGGGAGAGACGAAGCCGAGUCCGGCAUGAGCCGCGGCGGCUCUUCCUGAGCCCGGCGCUCCGCCAGGGAUCGCGCCUCCGGCCAUGGGGGUGAACGCCGUGCACUGGUUCCGCAAGGGGCUGCGGCUCCACGACAACCCGGCGCUGCGGGAGUGCAUCCAGGGCGCCGACAGCGUGCGCUGCGUCUACAUCCUCGACCCCUGGUUCGCGGGCUCCUCCAACGUGGGCAUCAACAGGUGGCGGUUUCUGCUUCAGUGUCUUGAAGAUCUUGAUGCCAAUCUACGAAAAUUAAAUUCUCGUUUGUUUGUGAUUCGUGGACAGCCAGCAGAUGUGUUUCCCAGGCUCUUUAAGGAAUGGAACAUUGCAAAACUUUCUAUUGAAUAUGAUUCUGAGCCAUUUGGGAAGGAGAGGGAUGCAGCAAUUAAGAAGCUGGCUAGUGAAGCCGGAGUGGAAGUCAUUGUACGAAUUUCACAUACAUUAUAUGACUUAGACAAGAUUAUAGAAUUAAAUGGGGGACAGCCACCUCUUACCUAUAAAAGAUUUCAGACUUUAAUCAGUAGAAUGGAACCACUGGAGAUGCCAGUGGAAACCAUCACUGCAGAAGUAAUGGAAAAGUGCACUACUCCAGUUUCUGAUGACCAUGAUGAGAAAUAUGGUGUUCCGUCACUAGAAGAGCUAGGUUUUGAUACAGAUGGUUUGCCUUCAGCAGUGUGGCCAGGUGGAGAAACAGAAGCUCUCACACGACUGGAAAGGCACUUGGAACGAAAGGCUUGGGUAGCAAACUUUGAAAGACCACGAAUGAAUGCAAAUUCCCUUCUUGCAAGUCCCACAGGGCUUAGUCCCUAUCUGCGGUUUGGCUGUCUGUCAUGUCGCCUUUUUUAUUUCAAGUUAACAGACCUAUACAAAAAGGUAAAGAAGAACAGCUCCCCUCCCCUCUCCCUUUAUGGCCAACUCCUGUGGCGUGAGUUUUUCUACACAGCAGCUACUAAUAAUCCACGCUUUGAUAAAAUGGAGGGAAAUCCCAUCUGUGUUCAGAUUCCAUGGGAUAGGAAUCCUGAGGCUUUGGCCAAGUGGGCAGAAGGCAGGACAGGAUUUCCUUGGAUUGAUGCAAUUAUGACACAGCUCCGUCAGGAAGGUUGGAUUCACCAUUUAGCCAGACAUGCUGUGGCAUGCUUCUUGACUCGAGGUGACCUGUGGAUUAGUUGGGAAGAAGGAAUGAAGGUGUUUGAAGAAUUGCUGCUUGAUGCGGAUUGGAGUGUAAAUGCUGGAAGCUGGAUGUGGCUUUCCUGUAGUUCGUUUUUUCAGCAGUUUUUUCACUGCUACUGUCCUGUGAGUUUUGGCAGAAGAACUGAUCCUAAUGGGGAUUACAUCAGACGUUAUUUGCCUAUACUUAGAGGUUUCCCUGCAAAAUACAUAUACGAUCCUUGGAAUGCCCCAGAGAGCAUCCAGAAGGCUGCAAAAUGUGUAGUAGGAGUUCAUUAUCCUAAACCAAUGGUAAAUCAUGCAGAAGCAAGCCGCCUGAAUAUUGAGAGGAUGAAACAAAUCUACCAGCAGCUUUCACGAUACAGAGGAUUGGGUCUUCUUGCAACAGUGCCUUCUAACCCAAAUGGAAAUGGUGGCCUAAUGGGAUAUUCACCAGGAGAAAACAUCUCUGGUUGUAGUAGUGCAAGUGGAGCUCAAAUGGGAAGCAAUGAUGGUCAUACAGUGGGCGUUCAGACAUGUUCCCUAGAAGACUCACAUGCAGGAUCAAGUGGAAUUCAGCAGCAUGGUUAUUCUCAAGGCAGCAGUAUUGUACAUUAUGCCCAGGGAGACCAUCAGCAAUCACAUUUACUGCAACAAGGAAGAACAGGAAGCACUGGUAUCAGCACUGGGAAACGCCCAAAUCCAGAAAAGGAAACUCAGAGCAUUGGGCCGAAAGUCCAGCGACAGAGCACUAAUUAGAUUGCAUUGUUGGAAGGGAAGAUGCCGCACAGAAUGUGUUGAAGGCAAAAUUUUGUUGCGCUGUAUUGGAGCUAAAGUAUUGUGACAAUACUUGUAUUAAAGUAACACAUUUUUCAUAAAUUUGUUUCGAAUGUUCUGAAUUGUUGUAAACAAGUUCAGUUUUUGGAAUGCUUUAUUUCUAAUUGGCAUUUUUAUGGUUUUUAACUUUUUAAUGACUUUCAUAAAGGGCGAAUUGAGAUUUGUAUAUAAAGUAUUUGGUGAGGAAUUUGUUAACUUGAAUGUAAAUACAAACAUUCAUGAUUAGUGAUAGACUCAUCAAUAUAUUUUUGAUAUUUCAUGUAUGGUAACAGUAAAGACAGUAAAGUAAUGGUGGUUCUGUAAAAUAGAAACUUUGUGGGCAGAAAUUGGAAGGUAUGGAGGUUUUUAGACUUAAUAUUUUUAGAGUGGACAGGAUUUUAACCUCUAUGAUCCAACUUCUGCAUAUUUUCAUAAUGUAAGAGCUUAAGAUUUUGUUUAAUUAAAAUACAGUAGACUUGUAACCUCUAUUAAAUGCAGCUGUAUAUAAGUCACAAGUCAUUUAUUUCUGUCAAGAAGUUGUAAAGUUGUCAUGUAUAUGUCCAGUCCUUGUAUUUCCCAUUGCCUUGUUCAGUUAAGCUAAAAUGACCUUGUUUAAUAAAAAUGUAUAUACAUAUGUA